AUGGACUCCUUAGAGCUUAUCGCUAUUUUUGCAGCCAUUGUCUCAUUCUUCUUUAUCCAUACUUGGAGGUCUAAUAGAAAUAACCGCCUCACUAAUUGGCCCUUCUUUGGUAUGCUUCCAGGGACUUUAUGUAAUCUUUCCAAUAUCCAUGAUCACACAACCACCAAUUUGAAGCAAUGUGGAGGUACUUUUUUCUUCAAAGGUCCCUGGUUCACAAACCACAACUUUCUCAUCACCAGUGAUCCUAUGAAUGUGCACCACAUUACUAGCAAGAACUUUGACAACUACAUCAAAGGCUCUGAGUUCUAUGAGAUUUUUGAAAUACUCGGAGAUGGCAUCUUUAACACUGAUUCUCACAAAUGGAAGCAUAGUAGGAACAUACUACAAUCAUUGUUCAGACAAAAUUCGUUUGAGAGUUUAGUGGUCAAAACCAUUCAUAAGAAGCUCCACAGUUGCCUAGUUCCACUUCUCAAUGAUGUAUCAGAAUCAGGAACUGUUGUGGACUUGCAAGACAUCUUUCAGAGAAUCAGUUUUGACAACAUCUGCUCCAUAGUGUUGGGGUUUGAUCCUAAAUCCCUUCCUAACAAGCUCAUUGAAUUCCCGGAAGUUGCUUUCGAGAAAGCUUUCAACAUGAUAGAGGAUGUAAUGUUUUACAGACACAUUGUCCCAAGAUUUGUGUGGAAGCUUCAGAAAUGGCUCCAAAUUGGACGAGGGAAGAGCUAUACUGAAUGUGAAAAAAUAAUUGACCAAUUCUUGCAUCAGUGUAUAUCAUCCACAUUCCAAGAGAAAAGCAAACUCAACUGCACCAAAGAUGAUGAUGAACCAACAUUUAACAUGCUCAAAGCUUUUGUGGAGGAAAGUGGAAUGGAACAAAUAGAUCGCAAGUUUCUAAGAGACAAUGCAUUGACUCUGUUAGCAGCUGGAAGGGAUACAAUUAGUUCAAGUCUCAGUUGGUUUUUCUGGCUAGUUUCAACCCAUCCUCUUGUUGAAGCCAAGAUCCUUGAAGAAAUCAGAGCAAACUUUAUAACCAAAGAAGAAUAUUGGCUCAUCACUUCAAGAUUAGAAAAUCUUAACAAGCUAGUUUACCUGCAUGGAGCUUUGUGUGAAGCAUUGAGACUUUUCCCUCCGGUUCCUUUUGAGCACAAAUGUGCAGUUAAAUCUGAUGUACUCCCUAGUGGACAUCGUGUUAAUGCAAAUACUAUUGUAAUUUACUCUCCAUAUUCAAUGGGAAGAAUGGAACAAAUAUGGGGAGAAGAUUGCUUGGAGUUUAAGCCAGAAAGGUGGAUUUCUGAAAAGGGAAGCAUCAUACACAUACCAUCUUACAAGUUCAUAGCUUUCAAUGCAGGCCCAAGAAGUUGUUUGGGUAAAAAUAUAACCUUUAUUCAGAUGAAGAUUGUCGCCAUUGCUUUGCUCUGCAAUUUUCAGUUUGAGGUGGUGGAAGGGCAUAAUAAUGUGUGUCCAUGUGUUUCUAUUAUUCUUCACAUGAAACAUGGCUUGAAGGUCAAGGUUACUAAAAGAGUUAUUUUUAAUCUCACCAUAAUCUCCAAUACACGUCUAAAACUCACCGCUAUCUUCUCUGGCCUUCACAACAUGCUGCUGCACUCCCCGCCGGCUAGACGCCGCUGCAGCCUCCUACCGACACCGCCUCCACUUCCGUCAGUCAAUCCGACGCGGCUCGCCCUCUGCCACUGUUUUCGCGCCACUCUCCCAACAGCAAUCAUCGUAGCAAGUCCUACCUCCUCGUUGCGCGUUUGUUGUGCCAGGCUCGUCUCUAUCACCUGCGCCGUUGCAACUCCCGGUCGACUGUGCCGCCGACACCAUCACCACAGACUCCAGCCGACGCCGCCACGGAUUCUCGCAUAUGAGGCCAAAAGCUCAACAACGCCGUUGUUUGAAUUAAUCGUAUCAAUUAAUUUACCGAUCCGUUAUCGGAAAAUUCCAUUAAGAGCGAACCUGAAGAGGGUGAAAACAUGGAAUCCAGUUAUUAAAAAGAGUGGAGGAAAGGCUCCAGGGUUGGAAGGGGAGGUAGUGGCGGCAAAGCUUAUGGCAUUGCGAUCAAGGUUCUUUUGGGUUCAGGUUGGUGAUGGGAUGAAGGCUAAAUUUUGGCACGAUUUGUGGAUGAAAGUGGAAAAACGUUCCAUCUGUAACGGCGGUGUUUGGAUGGUUUCUAGUGGAGAUGGAGUUAGCAAUGGAGACGGCCUCUAG